AUGGCAGAGAAGACCCUUGACCCCACCUGUGUCUCCAUUGCCCUGGAGGACUCGGUCUGCAACGCUAGCUCACAGGAUGGCUCCUUCCUGACCACCCACCUGAAGAAGGUGGAGAACCACAUCACGGAUGCUCAGAGGUUCUCCCAUUUGCCCAAGCGGUCAGCUGUGGACCUUGAGUUCACUGACCUGUCGUAUUCGGUCCGGGAAGGCUCCUGGUGGCGGAAAAGAGGAUACAAGACCCUGCUGAAAUGUCUCUCUGGGAAAUUUUGCCCCCGGGAACUGAUUGGUAUUAUGGGACCUUCUGGAGCUGGGAAAUCCACCUUGAUGAACCUCUUGGCUGGAUACCGGGAAACGGGCAUGAAAGGCCAAAUUUUGGUGAACGGACAUCCAAGGGAACUGCGCACUUUCCGUAAGAUGUCGUGCUACAUUAUGCAGGACGACAUGCUGAUGCCCCAUCUCACCGUGAAAGAGGCCAUGAUGGGUUCAGCCAACCUGAAACUGAAUGAGAAGCAAGAAGUGAAGAAGGAGCUGGUGAAUGAGAUCUUGACCGCCUUGGGACUCCUGGAGUGUGCCCAUACUCGCUCCUCAGCUCUCUCUGGAGGACAACGCAAGCGACUUGCCAUCGCCCUUGAGUUGGUCAACAAUCCUCCAGUCAUGUUUUUUGACGAGCCCACCAGUGGACUGGAUAGCACGUCCUGCUUCCAGGUGGUCUCCCUCCUGAAAUCCUUGGCCCAAGGGGGCCGCACCAUCAUCUGCACCAUCCACCAGCCCAGCGCUAAGCUCUUUGAAAAGUUUGACAAGCUCUACAUCCUCAGCCAAGGUCAAUGUAUCUUCAAGGGAGCUGUCUCCAACCUCAUCCCGUAUCUAAAGGGGCUUGGCUUGCAUUGUCCCACCUACCAUAACCCAGCUGAUUUCAUCAUUGAGGUGGCCUCAGGGGAAUACGGCGAUCUCAACCCACUCCUCUUCCAAGCCGUCCAGAAUGGGCUGUGCACCAUGGAGGAGAAGAAGGGCAGCCCAGAGAAGAUGGAUUCCUUGGUGCCAGGACCUUGCGUGGGGGAUUUGGAUCAUAUCGAGAGCCAUACCUUUGCAACUAGUACCCUGACUCAAUUUUGCAUCCUUUUCAAGAGAAGCUAUAUUUCCAUCCUAAGAGACACGCUCCUCACCCACCUGAGGUUCAUGUCUCACAUCUGCACGGGGGUGUUGAUCGGCCUCCUCUACCUACACAUCGGCAACGAUGCCACCAAGGUCUUCAACAACACCGGCUUCCUGUUCGUCUCCAUGCUCUUCCUCAUGUUUGCUGCUCUGAUGCCCACCAUUCUGACCUUCCCUCUGGAGAUGUCCGUCUUUCUGCGAGAACAUCUCAACUACUGGUACAGUCUAAAGGCCUACUUUCUGGCCAAAACUGUAGCAGAUGUUCCUUUUCAGAUCAUCUGUCCCAUCACCUACUGUAGCAUUGUCUACUGGAUGACCGGGCAGCCCCCCGAAGCGACCCGCUUCCUGCUAUUCUCAGCCUUGGCCACCUUCACGACCUUGGUGGCCCAAUCUGUGGGCCUCUUCAUCGGAGCAGCAUCCAGCUCACCACAAGUGGCCACGUUUGUUGGUCCCGUUUCAGCGAUUCCAGUCCUUCUCCUUUCUGGCUUCUUUGUCAGUUUCAAGACCAUCCCAACCUACCUUCGGUGGAGCACCUACGUCUCCUAUGUGAGGUAA